CGCUAAAAAGAAGAAGAUGGCUGACAAAAUUCUACCUCAGAGGAUUCGUGAACUUGUACCCGAGUCUCAGGCCUACAUGGACUUGCUGGCCUUUGAAAGGAAAUUGGACCAGACGAUCAUGAGGAAACGCUUAGAUAUCCAGGAGGCUUUGAAGCGACCCAUUAAGCAAAAACGAAAGCUACGUAUUUUUAUCUCCAAUACCUUCAAUCCAGCCAAGUCGGAUGCAGAGGAUGGUGAAGGAACAGUCGCCUCCUGGGAGCUUCGGGUGGAAGGACGGCUGCUGGAAGAUUCUGCUUUGUCCAAAUAUGAUGCCACCAAGCAGAAAAGAAAGUUCUCAUCCUUCUUUAAAUCUCUGGUCAUUGAACUUGAUAAAGACCUGUAUGGCCCUGACAAUCACCUGGUAGAGUGGCACAGGACUGCUACAACUCAGGAGACAGACGGCUUCCAGGUGAAGAGGCCGGGAGAUGUAAAUGUGCGCUGUACUGUCCUUCUGAUGCUGGAUUACCAGCCUCCCCAGUUCAAAUUGGAUCCCCGCUUGGCCCGUCUCUUGGGGAUUCACACUCAGACCCGUCCGGUGAUCAUCCAGGCAUUGUGGCAAUAUAUCAAGACCCACAAGCUCCAGGACCCCCAUGAGCGGGAGUAUGUCAUCUGUGACAAAUACCUCCAGCAGAUAUUUGAAUCUCAGCGGAUGAAGUUCUCUGAAAUCCCACAAAGACUUCACGCGUUGCUUAUGCCCCCGGAACCGAUCAUCAUUAAUCAUGUCAUCAGUGUUGAUCCAAAUGACCAGAAGAAAACAGCUUGCUAUGACAUCGAUGUGGAGGUGGAUGAUACCUUGAAAACUCAGAUGAAUUCCUUUUUGCUAUCCACAGCCAGCCAACAGGAAAUCGCUGCUCUGGAUAACAAGAUCCAUGAAACAAUAGAGACAAUUAACCAGCUGAAGACCCAGCGUGAGUUCAUGCUGAGCUUUGCCCGAGAUCCUCAGGGCUUCAUCAAUGACUGGCUACAGUCCCAGUGCCGGGAUUUAAAGACAAUGACUGAUGUUGUUGGGAAUCCUGAAGAGGAGCGUAGAGCUGAGUUCUACUUCCAGCCGUGGGCACAGGAAGCCGUGUGCAGAUACUUCUACUCCAAGGUGCAGCAAAGACGGCAGGAACUGGAGCAGGCCCUGGGCAUCCGUAACACAUAGGCUGCUCCGCCCCUCCCCAGCCAGAA